AGCUGACAUUCGACCUCCCUCACCUCCUGAGUCUCGCUCCUCACCUCUCCCGAGUCCUCUCUACCGACACCAUGGGCUGCUGUGGUUGUGGAAGUUGCGGCGGCUGCGGCGGCGGCUGCGGCGGCGGCUGCGGCGGGGGCUGCGGCGGGGGCUGCGGCGGCGGCUGCGGCGGGGGCUGCGGCGGCUGCAGCAGCUGCAGGUGCUACCGGGUGGGCUGCUGCACCAGCUGCUGCCCCUGCUGCUACGGCUGCUGCGGGGGCUGCUGCAGCGUCCCCGUGGUCUGCUGCCACCGCCGCACCUGCAGCUGCAACUCGUGUGGGAAGGGCUGCUGCCAGCAGAAGGGCUGCUGCCAGAAGCAGUGCUGCCACUAGGUGACCGCCGGCUCCACCCAGGAGCUGCGGAGGACACACCCUCUCCUGCUGGUGAGGCUACUUCAUCCUCUUCCGUCCGUCUCUUUCCUAUAAAACCUUCGUCACCAGCUUUUCUUCUCCUUCGUGUGCCCCGUGCCUCAUCCUUUUGAGAUCUUCCUUUGCCCACAAACCACACAUCACGGCAGGAAACAAAUAUACUGCAAAGAAUUGAUGAUAAGACAGCUGGGCGAAGCCCAGGUUUGCCAAGAACCCUCAUUUACAAAUAAACCCUAGGAUAUUUGAUUGUGUUGUUUAAUCUUUCAACCCUUUCAGGCCCAAAUGUGGGUCAUUUUGGUGUUUCCUGCCUGUGUGGAUUCUUUUCCGCUGCUGUGUAUGUACACUUGCUGUUUUACACUGUCUAAUAAAAUGACUCAAUGUCCAAGGAAAACUG